CUGUCAUCAGCAUCUGCUCUAAACGAUGACGGUAGUGCCAGAAACAGCAGUUUUUGCUUAAAAAUAAGGGGAAAGUCAGAGCAGCUGCAAUCAUGUAUGGUUUUGUGAAUCACGCCUUGGAGCUCUUGGUUUUAAGGAAUUACGGGCCGGAAGUGUGGGAAGACAUCAAGAGAGAGGCCCAACUUGAUAUCGAGGGUCAGUUCCUCGUUAGAAUCAUAUAUGAAGACGCCAAAACGUAUGAUCUUGUCGCCGCUGCAAGUAAAGUUCUCAAGAUAAAUGCAGGAGAUAUCUUGCAGAUGUUUGGGAAGAUGUUUUUCGAAUUCUGUCAGGAGUCCGGAUAUGACACCAUCUUGCGAGUGCUAGGAUCGAAUGUCCGUGAAUUCCUGCAGAAUCUGGAUGCUCUCCAUGACCACCUGGGUACCAUUUAUCCCGGGAUGAGGGCUCCUUCGUUUCGCUGCACUGACGCAGAGAAGGGGAACAAUCUGAUUCUUCACUACUACUCAGAGAGAGAAGGCCUGCAAGACAUUGUGAUUGGCAUCAUUAAAACAGUCGCUCAGCAAAUCCACGGAACAGAGAUAGAGAUGAAGAUGAUCCAACCCAAAAGCGAGGAGUGCGACCACAUCAAGUUCCUGAUUGAGGAGAAGGAUUCAGAGGAGGAGGCGUUCUAUGAGGAUCUGGACGGCUUUGAGGAGAACGGCACGCAGGAGACUCGGAUCAGCCCGUACACAUUUUGCAAGGCCUUUCCGUUCCACCUCAUGUUUGACAAAGACCUGAUGCUCACACAGUGCGGGAACGCCAUUUAUCGAAUCCUGCCCCAGCUCCAGCCUGGUGCCUGUAUCCUCCCUUCAGUUUUCUCUUUGGUCCGUCCCCACAUUGACUUCAGUUUUCAUGGCAUCCUUUCUCACAUCAACACUGUCUUCGUUCUGAGAAGCAAGGAGGGCCUGCUGAAUGUGGAGACUGUAGAGAACGAGGACGAGCUGACGGGGGUGGAGAUCAGCUGUCUGAGAUUGAAAGGACAGAUGAUUUACUUGCCAGAGGCGGAGAACAUCCUUUUUCUUUGCUCACCCAGUGUGAUGAACCUGGAUGAUCUGACAAGAAGGGGACUGUACCUGAGCGACAUCCCGCUACAUGAUGCCACGCGUGACCUGGUGCUGCUGGGUGAGCAGUUUCGUGAGGAGUACAAGCUGACCCAGGAGCUGGAAAUCCUGACAGAUCGUCUGCAGCAUACACUCCGGGCCCUGGAGGACGAGAAGAAAAAGACUGACAGAUUGCUGUAUUCUGUUCUGCCGCCAUCUGUCGCCAACGAGCUGCGACACAAACGGCCUGUCCCAGCAAAACGCUACGACAACUUGACCAUCCUCUUCAGUGGCAUCGUUGGAUUCAAUGCCUUCUGUAGCAAGCACGCCUCUGCCGAGGGAGCCAUCAAGAUAGUCAACCUGCUCAAUGAUGUUUACACACGUUUUGACAUCUUGACAGACUCCCGGAAGAACCCUUAUGUAUACAAGGUGGAAACAGUCGGUGAUAAAUACAUGACGGUGAGCGGCCUGCCGGAGCCGUGCAUACAUCACGCCAAGUCAAUCUGCCACCUCGCUCUUGAUAUGUUGGAGAUUGCUGGACAAGUCGAAGUGGAUGGUGAACCUGUACAGAUUACUAUUGGGAUCCACACAGGAGAGGUUGUGACUGGGGUGAUUGGCCAGAGGAUGCCCAGAUACUGCCUCUUUGGAAAUACAGUCAACCUCACUAGUCGUACAGAAACUACUGGUGAAAAAGGCAAAAUAAACGUCUCAGAGUAUACUUACCGGUGUUUGCAGUCAGCUGAGAACGCCGACCCUCAGUUUCAUUUGGAGUAUCGAGGCCCCGUCACCAUGAAAGGAAAGAAGGAACCGAUGAAGGUGUGGUUUCUGUCCAGGAAGCCCACUGACACCGAGUCGACCUCAGUUAAAGCUUAACUAUUCUCAUUCAACACUGUGUCAUGGUACCAUACUAGUCAGAUUUUGACACAGGGAUGAGAAGGAUUAGUGAUGAUCUAUCCACAAACGUACAGAUAUUUUUAAUAUGAUAAACCACAUGAACUCGUUUCAAAGUGUAUCUGAAUCUACUGUAUUAAUCUUUGUUUCUGGCCUCACCGUAUAUUUUUUUAGCGCACACACACAAAA